GUAGUUACAGAUUUUUAUUUAUUUUUCCACCAAAAGAAUAUAACAAGGCUUCCUUUUCCUUCUUAAAAAAAAUGAAAGACUAGCCAAUGGCAAUUGAAUCGCAUACAAAAGUCGAUCUUCUUUUUUGUGAGGAAGGAAGCAAAGAUUCAAACAAAUUAAUUUUUGAUGCACUCAUUGAAACCUUACCUAAAAAUGAAAAGACCAAGACCACCUUCAUCGCCACCACUCUCCCCUCCCUCCACCUCCACCUUCACCAAACCAAAACCAAAACCACCGCCACCACCCCAAUCCCUCCACCCCAAAACCCCACCAAUCUCCUCCAAGAAGCCUGAACCACACCCCAAAUGGGUACCCUUCAACCUAUCCCAAUCCGAGCUCUCCCUUCCCCUCACUUUCCCCACGGGCCAAACCUUCCGCUGGAAACAAACAGGGCCGCUCCAAUACACCGGCACCAUCGGACCCCAUUUGUUCUCCCUCAAACACCUCCACAACGGUGACGUUUGUUACUUCAUCCACUCCACCCCUUCCGAAUCCGCUGCCAAGCUAGCCCUCCUCGAUUUUCUCAACGUGGGCAUUUCCUUGGCCAAGCUCUGGGAGGUUUUCUCCGAGAAUGACUCCAGGUUUGCAGAGCUGGCGAAGUAUUUGAAGGGUGCUCGGGUUUUGAGGCAGGACCCAGUUGAGUGCUUGGUCCAGUUCCUUUGUUCUUCUAAUAACAAUAUUGGGAGGAUUACUAAAAUGGUGGAUUUCAUUUCCUCUUUGGGUACUUAUUUGGGCAGUGUUGGUGGGUUUGAGUUUCACGAGUUCCCUUCAUUGGAACGUUUAUCAAUUGUCUCUGAGGAAGAGCUUAGACAGGCUGGUUUUGGUUACAGGGCCAAGUACAUUACUGGCACGGUUGAUGUUUUGCAAGCAAAACCUGAUGGAGGUGCUCAGUGGCUUCUCUCUAUUCGUAAAUUGAAUCUUCAAGAGGCAAUUGAUGCUCUAUGUUCUUUACCUGGAGUUGGUGCCAAGGUUGCAGCAUGCAUUGCUCUCUUCUCACUUGAUCAGCACCAUGCCAUUCCAGUUGAUACGCAUGUGUGGCAGAUUGCUACAAGAUACCUCCUGCCUGAGCUUGCAGGUACGCGUUUGACACCUAAGCUUUGCAGCCGUGUGGCAGAGGCCUUUGUGAGCAAAUAUGGUGAAUAUGCUGGCUGGGCUCAGACUCUACUUUUUAUCGCUGAAUUACCUUCACAGAAGGCCCUCUUACCAUCACAGUUUUCGGAUAUUGAGGAGAAAAAAUCUGCCAAAAGAAAAGACAGUAAUAGGAGCAAGAUCUAAAAUGAUAUAUCUCUCAAGAUCAAACGCAAGAAGCUUUUCGGAAAUUACUUUCUUAUGAUGAUUAGGAGUCUGAAAGAUAAACCAUGACAAGUUGCUGUUAUGAGCAUGCUCGCUGCUGAGACCUGUUAGGUGCUUUUCUAUAUUUUUGGAACUAUCCCCUCCGUUAGCCAGAAGAAAUUUUCAACGGCAAGCAUUAUUGCAAAAAUGAUUUGAACACUAAUAAUCAGAUAGCCAAAGCAACAAGCAUGAAUCACAUAAUUCUAGUUGAUUGACGUUCCAUUGCUGUAUUUUUAUCAAAUUGUUGUCCAUUUUUCUGUAUGCAGAUUUUAUACUUUAUAGUUAAUUAUGUAAGAAACUGAAGAUUAGAAUCAUUAGAUUCUUUCGGCGUUCAUUGGACACACUUCGAUCUAACAUUUUGAAUUAAUUAUCUGGUCGUUUGAUUCCAUGUUAAUUGUAAACAGUAUAUCAGCCCCAAAGCAAAAUAAAAUUGAGAUUUAAAAUGACUUGGUUAUUGCGUGAUGCACAAGACAAAAUGCAUGUUUAAACUUUAUUUAUUCAACAAUAGCAUGGCAUGUAAAUGAUAAAUAUCUUUUAUUAGCCCCUUUUUU